AGCCCGACCCGUCCGCAGCGCACCGGAGCGGCGCACCUCGACUUAGGCCCCUCGCGACGUACGCUCCGCCCCGCGGCGGGCCCGGAGUGACAUGAGUGACCCGCGAGUGGUCUAGUGAGUGAGUGAGUGCAAAUUAUCGAGUGCUGAGUGGGUGUGAUCCAGUGACAAGACCGCCGAUCGAACAGCCGAAAAAGGAUAACAAAAAGGCACUCUCCGCUGUUCGCCCGAGCGCCGCUAUGGGGAAACUGAGCACGGUGCUGCCCGCGUGCCAGCUGGGCGUGACCUGGGACCCUGGCCGUGUGCGUGAGGCGGUGGGCGAGUGCGUCGCGGGCCUCCGGCUGCCCAAGCUGCCCAAGCUGCCCAAGCUGCCGGACCUGGACCUGUCCAAGCUGCCCAAGCUGCCCAAGAUAGCCGUCAUGCCGGCCUCCGUGCGAGGGCGCCGCGGCUGGUGCGGCUGCUUCCAGAAUGACGAGCCGCCAGAAAUCACGUACUGCGUGGUGGACCAGACGGGCACUCUCUCGCUGCAGGCUCUUACGCCCACCCAGCCGAUGCCCGCCGAGGAUGAACUCAACGCAAAGUUCGCCGAGCUUGUGGAGGAGUUGGACCUCACUGCACCCAACAAAGCUGCAAUGCUUAGUUUGCCAUCAGAAAAGAAAUGGCAGAUUUAUUGCAGUAAGAAAAAGGAUCAGGAGGGUGGUUCAACAGACUUAUCACAGCUUCCCGAACACUAUCUUGAAAGACUACAACAGCUUUCUGCUAGCCCUAUAUCAGGGGGAGAUGCCUGUGAAGAAGUGAGAACUGCCACCUGUCAACUGGAUGGUCUAAAAACAGCCCUUCGCACUCAACCUCAUAGCUUUGUUCUACGGUUUGUUGAGCUGGAUGGCCUAGCAUCCCUCCUGCAUUUACUGUCCUCAAUGGACUAUGAUACCGCACAGAGCUCCCUUCACACCUCCCUAAUAGGAUGUCUCAAAGCUUUAAUGAACAAUUCGAAUGGACGUGCUCAUGUUUUGGCUCAUCCAUCUGGUAUAGAUAUAAUCGCUCAAAGUCUAAGUACUGAAAAUAUAAAGACAAAAGUUGCGGUUUUAGAAAUUCUUGGAGCAGUGUGCCUUGUACCAGGUGGUCACAGAAAAGUACUUGAAGCCAUGCUUCAUUAUCAAAAAUAUGUAUCAGAAAGAACUAGGUUCCAAGGCAUUGUUAAUGACCUGGACCGGAGCACUGGUAUAUAUCGCGACGAAGUUAGUUUGAAGACUGCUAUCAUGUCAUUUGUUAAUGCAGUUCUCAACUAUGGCCCUGGCCAAGAUAAUUUGGAGUUUAGACUUCAUUUACGUUAUGAAUUUCUAAUGUUAGGAAUUCAGCCUAUAAUUGACAAGUUAAGAAGCCAUGAAAAUGAAACACUGGAUAGGCAUUUAGACUUCUUUGAAAUGGUCAGAAAUGAAGAUGAAAAAGAAUUAGCUCGGAAGUUUGAGAAAGAACAUGUUGAUACAAAAAGUGCCAGUAGCAUGUUUGAGGUACUUCGACGCAAAUUGAGUCAUACAGCUGCAUAUCCGCAUCUCUUAUCAUUGCUGCAUCAUCUUAUUCUUCUUCCUCUUGAUUAUGGAUCACACCCUCAACAUUGGCUUCUCCUUGAUAGAGUGGCACAACAAAUUGUGCUGCAGGGUGAGAGUGGUGAAAAUCCUGAUGUUUCUCCCCUUGACAUUAAUGUUAAAGAGAUUGUUCACUUACUAGCAAAAGAAGAGGAGCUAGUAGCUGCACGAACCAAAGCUGAAGAACUAGAAAAAGAGAACAAUGAAAUAGCUUCUAAACUGGCCAAAAAAGAACAAGAACUAGAUCUAAGAACUCAGGAAAAGGAAGACAUGGAAGCAAGUCUUUCACGUGUUAAAGAAAGACUCGAGAAAGAGACAGCUGCUCACUUGGAGAUGAAAGCACGUGUUUCAGAACUUGAAGAUAGAAACAUUCAACUAGAGCAUCAAGCCAACUGUGAGCGUGGAGAGAGGCAUCGCUUAGAGCAACUUGUCAGUUCUGGUAGUCUGCCGGAUGAUGCAAAGGUUCUCAGCUUAAAUACUGAUAUUAUAUCAGAUACUUUGAGUAUGAGUAGGAAAACUGAGGCAGUUGUGAAACCUCCUCCCCCUCCACCAAUGGCAAUGGUAGCCCCUCCUCCUCCACCUCCAGUUCCUGGCAUGCCUCCUCCACCAGUUCCUGCUUGUGCUCCACCACCAAUGGUUCCACCUCUGGCCAAAAACAAAAAUGUUCCACAGCCAGCUAAUCCACUUAAAUCGUUUAAUUGGUCUAAGUUACCUGAUGCAAAGGUUGUUGGCACAAUUUGGUCAGAGCUUGAUGACACUAAGCUUUACACAGCUAUGGAACUUGAAAACAUUGACAAGCUGUUUUGUGCUUAUCAGAAAAACGGAGUCGCUAAUGAUGGAUCUGUAGAGGAUCUUCGGCAAGUAGGAAAAGCUCGAACCAAAAUAUUAUCUGUGAUAGAUGCGCGUAGGGCGCAGAACUGUACCAUUUUGUUAUCUAAGCUCAAAAUGUCAGAUGAAGAUAUCUGCAAGGCUAUCUUGAGUAUGGAUAGUCGCGAUCAACUACCAAUUGACAUGGUUGAACAAUUACUUAAAUUUACACCAAGUGUUGAAGAGGCUGCUUUGUUGGAGGAGCACAGUGAAGAAAUAGAUAGCUUAGCCCGUGCUGAUAGAUUUUUGUAUGAAAUUGCAAAGAUACCUCAUUAUGAGCAGCGUCUUCGAAGCUUACACUACAAAAAGCGGUUUAGUGUUGCUGUUGGAGAAGUUGAACCUAGAAUACGAGCAGUUAUGGAGGCAUCACGAGAAGUGGCCAGAUCGCGUCGACUUCGUCGACUGCUGGAACUUGUUCUUGCAUUAGGAAAUUAUAUGAACAGAGGAGCUCGGGGUAAUGCCUGGGGUUUCAGACUGGCAUCUCUUAAUAGGCUGCAUGAUACUAAAUCAAGUGCUGUUAAAGGAACAAGCUUAUUACAUUAUCUUGUCCACAUUUUGGGAAAAAAGUUUAAAGAUAUUUUGAAAUUAGAAGAAGAUAUCCCACAUGCAAGGGAGGCAUCAAAAGUGAGUUUGGCAGAAUUAGAGAAAGACAUGUCAGCCUUGAGAACGGGAUUAAAAGAGGUUGAAAGGGAAUUGGAAUUCCAUCGCUCUCAGACUCAGCCUCAAAAUAGUGCUCCUGCAGAUCGUUUUCUGCCAGUUAUGAAAGAGUUCUUGUCCUCUGCCACAUGUCGUUUCUCAGAGCUUGAAGAUCUUUUCCAGGAUAUGAAAACAAGAUUUGAUCGUGCUGUCCGAUUGUUUGGAGAAGACAAUUCAACUAUUCAGCCUGAUGAUUUCUUUGCAAUAUUUGACUCAUUUAUGACUUCUCUUAAUGAGGCUAGACAAGACAAUGAAAAUUUCCGCAGAAGAAAGGAAGAAGAGGAGAGAAGAGUUAAACAGGAAGCGGAGCUGAAAAAACGAACAAUGGAUCGUAAAAACAGCAGGGAGGUUGGUCUCCUGUCCAAAGUUGGAUUAGGAAAGAAUAAUAACAAAGAAGCAGGCGAAGUUGUCAAUGGAGGUGGAGAUACAGCUAAAGGAGAGUUUGAUGACUUGAUAUCUGCUUUACGUACUGGAGAUGUAUUUAAUGAGGACAUGGCAAAGUUAAAGAGAAGUAGAGUGAAGUCCAGACUUUCGGCUAACGGGAAUUCCCCCCCACGACGAGAAAGCACAUCCAGGGAAGAUAGCCGAGAAAGAGUCCUGAUAGGAAACAAUCGUCGUCAGUAAAAGUACUGACACCAGUCCCUUGCCACAUAAAAUAAAACACAAAAGAUUUGUCAAAUCUUAAAUCCCCCACCAAACACUCCCAACAGUUUGCCAAUUAGGUAAUUUACAUUGUGCUGACACGGUUGUGAUAAUUUCCGGGUUAGUUUGUAUUUGACUUUUAAUAAUGCAGCAAUUUAAAUUACACAUGACAAGAAAGAACAAUUGAAACAAUUUUGUUAUGCUUCUCCCAUAGUAACAAUAAGGGGACUGUUCUAUUUCACGUUUAAGAUGUAAUGCUUUAAUGCUUUAAAAAGCUUUCAGCUUUCAAUACACAUUUGCACCGUUUGCAGCAUGUCUUCUAUUUGCUCAAACAAACAAGAAUUUCAUCUAGGAAAUGUUACCAAACAGUUUGUUACUGCUUAAUUCAUUCUCUUUGAUUUAAGAAUAAAAGGACCUAAAUUUUACCUAGGAAAUUUUCAUAGGCCUUCUUUUGUACAUAAUACUUCAUCAUUGUAAAAGAAUGUAAUUGUUUAAAAUAAAUUGCCAGUGCUUUAAUUGAGGAUGCGACUGUGGCAGCCCUAAUGGAACUAUGAUAGGGGUCAUUAUGUAACAUCACUCAACUGCAGGAUGCCUGAGCAGGCUUUGCUAUAUUUGUGUACAAAUGUAUCUGUAGAUUUUGUUGAAGUAAUUUAUUCAAGUCAAUGUUGUAUGUGUAAUUAUGUAAAGUUUCGUGUGCAAAAGUGCAUCUUUAAAAUAAUUGAAAUAAGUUAUUGUGGUAUUAUAUUACUGUACAUGUUGUUGCUGAUGUAGUUAUUUUGUGUUGUGUUUAUUACCAAUACAAUGCAUUCAAUUUUAUUGUUGCUAUUGUUACGAUUUAAAUUGUGCAAGAUCUAUGUUAAACCUGACUGAAUUUUGAGAACAAGUUCCUUUCCAAAUUCUUGAGUAUAAGCAUAAUUCCACCUCUGAACAUCCUAUUUGAACCACAAAUCGUUUUGUUUCCAGAAUAAAAAUUUUCUCUUAUGACAUUUAAUAUUAAAGAUUUAUAAUCUAUUCAAAAUCAAAUUAAAUAUAUCAAUUACUUAAAUGGAUAUAGGAUGUAGUCUUCAAGGUAGAUUUGCAUACAUCUUUUUGAAUUGUGCCAAAUACGUAUGUAUACAUAUGUAUAUAUAUGGAGACUGAUAAUGCCUAUAAACAAACCUGCUCUAGAUUUUCUGCGUGAAGUCAUCACUGUCUGGAAGUAUAGUCCUGCCAUGAGAGAGAGUCAUCAGGGUGGCAGUAAAGAGGUGUGUGAAGAGUCAUCUUGUUAAUUGUGAACCAUGAUCCAGGAUUAAAUCAUGAAUUGCAUUGGAUUGUACUUUGAAAAUUUAAAAUUUCGCUUAUGAAUUACUUGUAUUCAAACAGAUUUAAUGUAAGAUAGCUUCCAUUCUGUAUAGCAAUUGCUCUUAAACUCGAGAGAUUCAUCAAACCAAUAUAAUGUAUGUGAAGACAGCAUUCAGACUUCACAAUCUCAGACUAAUUGAUUGUGCUGCUAUGAUACAGUAAAACCAAACUUUUGAAAUGA